GUAUCAAUAUGGAAAAGAAGGUGAAAAUGAUCAUGAAGCAAUGGAUACAGAUUUACUUCGAGAUUAUAUUUCAUAUGCACGUAAUUUUGUUAGUCCAAAUUUAACAGAAGCUUCUGGAAAACUUCUUAUUAGUUCAUAUGUUGAAAUGCGUAAAGUUGGUAGUGGUAAAGGACAAAUUUCUGCAUAUCCUCGACAACUAGAAUCAUUAAUUCGUUUGGCUGAAGCUCAUGCUAAAGUUCGACUUUCAGAAAUAGUCGAUGAACUUGAUGUCGAAGAAGCAAAACGACUUUAUCGUGAAGCAUUAAAACAAGCAGCAGUUGAUCCUAAAACAGGUCGUGUUGAUGUUGCAAUUUUAACAACAGGUAUUAGUGCUGGUGAACGUCGUCUUCGUGCUGAUCUUGCUCAAACACUUAAACGUCAUCUUAAAGAACGUAAAUCAGCACAAAGUGCAGGUGCAAUUAAAAAAGAUAUGUUAUUCAAUGAAAUGCGUGAACGAAAUGAUGAACGUAUUACACGUGAUAUGUUUGAUGAUGCUAUUCGAGCAUUAGAAGAAGAAAAUUUUCUUGUUGCAACAGCUCAUACAAUUCGUAUUGUUACUUUAGGUGAAUCAAAUUUUGAUUAA